CCCAUGAAUAUGUUGAUAUCAUUUAUUAGUUUUAAUCUGUAAAAGUAGUAAUUAUGGUUUCUAUGUAUUUAUUUUUGUUUUCUUUACUCCUUUUGUGCGCUUUUAUGAAAGGUGACUACUUGAAGAACUGUAACUGUGUGCAAAGUUAUAGUUAUGUUCCUGUUAUGUUCCUCGACAUUUUCAUUCGUUUUAAUCUUUCUGCUUUUGUUCCUUUUUCGUAGCAAAUAUGUAGUGCGCAUACCAUAAGUUUGCACUUUUCUGUUGUCACAUCUAGUUUACUGUGUUCGCACUCAGUAAUCAAACUCCGAAUAGCAUCGACAGCGUGAUCCCAUUCUUAAUUUAUUAGUUUUAUAAGUACUUUGCUUUUACGACAUGAAAUUGUCAGUCCCAACAUAACUUAUGGAUGUUCAAACUGGUCACUGUGAGUGGAUCGCUCCGUCUAAUACAAAUACGUCUACUGAGGAACUUAUUAGCUCCAUCGCUGGCCUAAGUUUCGAAGAAACACGUUUACUCUGGGGAAAUAGUGGCUAUGCAACUGUAUCUACUCAAGAUGUCCUGUCGAACCGUCCACUUCCAUUUAGCGCUACACCGUGGGAUAUGUCUUCAAAUGCGACUUCACAUUCCAUACCCAUGGGUCGGGGUCGUCGUGAUAAGCCCGUCACAUCCACAGAUUCUAAUGUAAAUGAAGGUAGCAUCCUGAUGUCACCAGGAUCCAAAGAUAUGGUGACUCUAGGUAUGCAAAUGGCAGAUCAUGUUUUAAGUAACUCUCCAGGAAGUGGAGCUCAGUUUUUACGAGAUCUUUCCGAGAAUUUGUCAAGCGCAUUUCCACACCGACCAACAUCUAAUUCACUCAAUGGAUCUCAGUCUGUAACAUUAAACUCUUUCCAGUUUGAUUCAAGUGGAAGACCGAUAUUUCCUAGUGAAUCAGAUCAAAAUCAGUCAAUUUCUGCAGCUAAUGGAUUAAUUUCGAAUUGCUUUAGUCCGGCUCAGUAUUAUUUACGUCCUCCGUCAGCUGCGACACAGCCACUACAAUCUCAAGUGCCGUAUUCAAUCAUACCUAACAGGUCCUCAGAGUAUGUGCAUGCAAACAACUUUACGUCUGACGCUACUGGUUGCGAACCUUGUAAUCCUGUUCAGCCUGAAAGUUUACUACCUUAUUUUAUUAAUGUUCCAACAAAUAGCGACCCUUCAGCAUCCAAUAUACCUGCUGACUCUUCUUUCAACAUUUUCACUGGCUCUCAGUUACAUCGAGAUCAGCGUUCUGCAAAUCAGUCUGACAGCACAGCACAGUUGGUUUCUGUAAUUCCACAGUCAGAUCAGUUCAAUGGUUUACAAUCUAUGAAGUAUAAUUCCACAGCCACUAAUGGGGAAAAUAAAAGUCAACCAUUUACUGCUUUCCCUGGGGUUGCAUUUUCUGGUGUGAAUCAAAUGAACGCGUGCUUAGAUUUUAAUAAUAGUGAUUUUUCAAAUAACACUUCGUAUAUCAGUCAGGCUUCUUUACCUUGUAGCGAAGGUUACUUACCAACUGUUAUUCGUUCUAAUGGGCCGAAUUCGCAGGAUAUAAACAACUUCGGAGGUUGCACAACAUAUCCGUCUAUGAAUCCAGACUUUUAUAUGAAUGGAUCAUCCUAUAACAAUAAUAAUAAUCUUGGAGGUAAUCGGACGGCAGAACAUGCGCCAUCUGAUCAGUCUACUAAUGGAUUAGUUGCAAAUUCACCUUUUGGUCCUGUGCCAUAUGGCUCACAAAAAUUCCAGCAUAACGUGUAUCCUCGGGGGUUAUCUCCAGCUCCAGGAGAUCAACCAAGUAUGCAACCAACUAAUGGGUCAAAUGUGAAUAGUUGUUCAAUGCAUCCUACAGAUACAAUGAACAAUCAAGGCCAUAUGGUUAAUACAUACGUUGGACCACAGUUUUUUGGAGCAUCCAUUAGUGGACAACCUCAGAGUGCUAACAGUUUCCAAACUUUACCCGCUAGUGGUCUAUACCAAUCUCUUAUGCAGCCAAAAGAUUCUCCUGUACAUAUUCAAAAUCAAAGUAUUCAAUCUACUGUAAGCGACCCUCAGCAACAGUCUGCAGCUUUAUUCGCUCAUACGUUUCAGUUGUUAGCGGCUGCUGCAGCUUCCAGAAAUAUGGGUUCUGGAGCUCAAGACCCUCAUAUGCCUCCUGGCAUUGGGCCAGGUAAUAAUGGAUCAAUAUUAAAUCCAACUGAGUUUGAAUAUAUGAGACCUCCAGGUUUACCCGUAGAAGCCCCAUUCACUGGACCCCUACAUCCCGAUCAUUUGCAGGCAUAUGCAAACAACUCUUGUAUUCCUGUUAAUGCUACGGGAAUGGAAGGUUCCGGACCUCGUCAUCCUCAUAAUAUGUUGGAUUUCAAAUCUAUGUGUUCAUCAAUGCCUGCUCUUUGUUCACAGGUUUCAUCGUCCGUCGUUCCAUCCAUCCAUUCUCAAAAUAUGUACCCGCCAACUGAUGUGAUCACUCAGGAUUUCCAGCAUGGUGGUUUAGGCUAUGCAGGAUUAUCAUCCUUAAACCCAAUGACUGAUCGUAUGUUUCAAUCCUCCAGUAGUUUUCCGAGACCUAUGCCACCAAUGUCUUCCAGUCGUAUACCUUAUAUCCCUGUGAACACCACAGAAAGCCAGUCACCACCCCAGACUCCAACAGCUAUGGGUGCUCCAAGGAUUAGCGUACCAUCUGUGUUAUCAAGACCUCAAGUACCCACUUCAAAUAUGUAUGGUAGCCGCAGUACUGCACCGCCGCCUCCUUUCUCUUCCAUACAUGCUCCUCGUUUUCCUCCUCGCGGUCCAACUAGUUUUCCACAACUUAAUUUACCAUUCAUGCCUCCACCAAUUCCUCCUUAUCCUCAUGCACGUCAUUUACAGCAGCCUCCACCUGUUCUUCCACCUCCAGGAUUUCUACCGGCAGCACGUCCUCCUCGUCCUGGAACAAGUACUUCAUCUUCUGGUCUGUACACAAAUAAUACUGCACCUUCAGGAAACAGGUCAGGUCAUACGAACAGUAGUAGUAGAUUUCCUAAAGAUCAGCAUCAUUCUACAUCAUCACAACCUAAUGCUCCUGUUCCUAUGAUGACACUUGCAUUUGCUGCAUCACAGCAGCAGGGUUCUGGAGUUACUCCUGGUUUUGGAAUAAGGCAUCCGCCUUCAAAUCAUAACUCUCAUUUUCAACCUCCUUACUUUAAUUUCCCUACUGAUUCAAGUGCAACUGCUAAUUUCCAACAGAAUCCGUCUUAUCUUAAUCCUUCAAAUCCUCCACCAUUGCCUAUUAAUAGCAUGUUACCAACAGGAGCAACAAAUGGUGCUACUCCGGAACGGAGUCGUUUGUUAGAAGAAUUUCGCAAUUCACGAUUACCUUGUUUAACAUUGCGUGAUUUAAUGAAUCAUAUAGUUGAAUUUGCUCAAGAUCAGUAUGGUUCACGUUUUAUCCAACAGAAGUUAGAACAAGCUAGUGCUGUUGAUAAAACUAGUGUAUUCCGUGAAAUUCUUCCGCAUGCAUACAGUCUUAUGGUUGAUGUAUUUGGUAAUUAUGUGAUACAAAAGUUUUUUGAAUUGGGAACACCAGAACAGAAACAAAUACUCGGUCAAAGAAUUCGUGGACAAGUAUUAUCCUUAUCCCUUCAAAUGUAUGGUUGUCGGGUGAUACAAAAAGCUGUUGAAUCUGUUCCAUUAGACAUGCAAAUAUCUAUUAUUAAGGAAUUGGAUGGUUGUGUGAUCAAGUGUGUUAAAGAUCAGAAUGGUAAUCAUGUUGUACAGAAAUGCGUGGAAAAUGUUCCCCCAGAACAUUUACAAUUUAUAGUGGAUGCUUUCAAAGAUCAUGUGUAUUCCAUAUCAACCCAUUCGUAUGGAUGUCGUGUGAUCCAGCGUAUUUUAGAACAUUGUACACCUGAACAAACUACUCCAAUACUGUCGGAGUUACAUCAACACACUGAAGCGCUUGUUAAAGAUCAAUACGGAAAUUAUGUUAUUCAGCAUGUACUCGAACAUGGGAAAACUGAAGAUAAAAGUAAAAUUGUUGAACAUAUUAAAGGUCGUGUAGCUGAGCUUAGUGUGCAUAAAUUUGCUAGUAAUGUAGUCGAAAAAGCUGUUGCAAACGCUUCAAGAGUAGAACGUCAAUCACUCAUCAAUGAAGUACUUGAAGAAACAACUAUUCCAACAGAUAAUAAUAUGACUGUACAAAAUGGUCGAGUUCGUUCAAGUGAAUUUAGAGUAGAUAAUAAUGAUGAUGGUGAUAAUGAUAAUGAUGAUGAUGACGACAGUGCCAGCGAUGAAGAUGAAAGUGUUGAUGAACCAAGAACUCGAAGUUCUGUUUUAGUUAUGAUGAUGAAAGACCAGUUCGCAAAUUAUGUUAUCCAAAAAAUGUUAGAUGUCGCUGAACAACCAAUAAGAAAAGAGCUUAUGACUCAGAUUCGUCCACAUUUGAAUACCUUACGUAAAUACACUUAUGGUAAGCAUAUAAUCAAUAAAAUGGAGAAAUAUUAUAUGAAAACAAAUCAACUGCAUCUGGCUGUUGGUUUAAAUUCACCGUCACCACCUCUUGGUGUUGUACCCGCCUCUUCAUCAGAUGUCCCACAGUCGACAUCGAAUUCCACUGUUCGAAGUGGUGGUGGUGGUGGUAGUUCAUCAGCCGCUUCAAUGCUCCCACCACUUCUCACACCGACUGAUAUGGCUGUACGAGCUUCAAAGCCAAUAUCAAUGAGUCGUUCUACACAUUCACAUCAUUAUCAUCAUACUUCUCAUUAUAAUAACCAAUCAGGUUUGUCAUCAUUUUCACGCAACGGUUUGCCAUCAUCAUCACAUCGUAUAAAACAAAAAGACUCAAAUAAUAAUAGUAAUAGUAACUCCUCUCGAAAGACUUCAAAUGAUGGUGCACAAUUAAACUCCUCCUCCAUGCAAACAUCGGAUAGUGCUAAAAAUUCAUCUAAAGCAGUAUCAAAAGCAUCUGAAAAUGCCAAAGAUGAAUCGGGAGUGGAUAGUGAAAAUGGUAAUCAUAAUAAUGAUAAUAAUAACGAUAAUAAUAAAGGAGGAGUCAGUUUGAAUAAUUCUAAAGAUAAUCAUGAAAAACACAAUUCAGACAUGAAGUCAUUCGAUUUAAAUCAGGCUUCGUCUACAUCAUCAACAGUCGCUGAUGAUUGUUACAGUCAAAAAUGGGAGAAUAGUAAUGAUACAGAACACAGUGUUGUAUCAAAUCAUGACACUAGCGACCAGUUACUGCAUGAAUCAUCAGCCAGUGAACAGUUGUCCAAUAUUUCAUCAAAUGAAGUGCAUGUUUCAGCCCUGAAGAAACUCAACACUACAACAGCAUCAUCAUCACCGUCUACGACGAGUAGUACUUCUACUACUACAUCUAGCCUAAAAAGUGGUGAAGUAAAUAGUGUAAAGUCAAGGCCGCCUACAAAUGAAUUAAUGACCAACGGGAAUGGUAAUCAUUAAUCUGUUCUCUCUCUCUUUUUUUUUGUCAAAAAAAUUCUCUCGCAUGUGUAUUCUCCUUUCCUCUAACUUUCUCUCCUCUAGAAGUGUCCAGAAGUUCUUUUCCUGCUUCGUAUAUUGUGUGCUUUAUUCUAUCUAGCUUUUUAUUUUGUUUUUGGUGCAAUUUUUUAUUAUCAUUUGGCAGUGGUGGGUCUUAACACCUUUUUAAAAAGAAAUUAUUUCUAAGGGUUUUAUCCUUUCCCAUACACAAAUAUUUUAUUGCUAGCACAUGGUUUAUUUUUCUGAACUGAUCUUCAUUCUUCUUUUGGUGCUCAUGGCUCUGAGUAGUUUUUAAUUAUUAUUAUUAUUAUUUCUAAUUAUCAUUUAAUUAAUAUAGAAUAUGAAGUAACCUUCCCUCCUGUAUAAAGCGAAAUCCCCUUUCAUUGUGUUGUACAGCAGGAGACAAUGCUAACUAUCUAACUAUAAGUAACUUACUAACUAACUAUCCCCCCUUUUUUGUUUCACUCAUUCUUCUUUUACCCUUUUCCUGUAUACUGAAUUCCUUUCCAACCACUCCUGUAUUUUCCUUUUUCCCUACUCCUAUCCAACCUGUGUGUGUAUGUAGUAUAUCUCAUGAUAAGCUUUCCUUUUGACUAGUUUUUAUCUUUGCUUACCCUGUCUAUUUUGAUGAUUAUGCACAUAUAUAUAUGUAUGAAUGAACAUUUAUAUUAUUUUAGCAUAUCAGUUGUUUUCGUUUGUUUGAAAUAUUUCUUUUUAAUCUUCAAUGAAGUUUUCUGAUCCUUACCAACUCCACCAACAUCAUCAUCAUUAUCAUCACCAAUCCGUUUUCUUUUAUUGCCUAAAAAACUGCAUAUUUUUAUCUAUUUAUUUAUUUGACUGUUGAGCAUUCUCUUCUUUUUUCUCUCUCUCCAUCCCUUCCUUCCUCAAAAGUCGACAUAUUGUGAAAGUCCUCCUCCUCCUCCUCUUGUCAUUUGAUUCAUUGAUUUGAUUGUUUCUUCUUCUCAUGUCUCUGAUUUGUAUGCUACCACCCACCCCAAAUUUUCUGUAUCUCUGUCUCACCGUCGGUAUGUAUCUGGGAGUCGUCAACUAGCUCGAACAUCAUCGCCACCACCACCACCGCUCUUCUCUCCCAUCUCUCAUCCACCUGUAAAUCUGUGUAUCUUUCAAGUACAAACAAAAUAUGAUUUGUUUUCUACUGAUAUACAAUAACAACAGCAACAAUAUUAAUAAUGAUGAAUGAUUAACUGUCUCUCAUUCAAUUACUUCAACGUUUUGGGAUUCUUUUUGUAUACCUCUGUCUGUCUAUGAAAAUAAUGUAUAUCUAUCUAUGUAGUAGUGUAAGUGUGUGCGUAGGUGCAUGUGUGCAUAUGAUCUUGUUGUAUGGACCCAUUUCAUUUUAUCAUUACUAUUACUAUUAUUAUUAUUAUUACUAUUACUACUAUCUAUCUCUUAGUUCUUUGUAAUUCACUUUUAAUUCAAUGAACUUGAUGUCUAAUUCUCUUCAAAGCUUCUUCUUCUUCUUGUAUGUAAUUGUUGUAGAUCAUUUGUCGUAUAUAUAUAUGAAUCUCAAUUUUAUUUACCAUUAAUGAAUUAUGCAUUAUACAUAAACAUACAUACGCAUAUUCUAUAAUUACACUUGUGUAUUAUAUAUACCUACAUGCAUAUAUUUGGUUUGAUUUUUUAAAUCUUUGUACACUGGAACCCCCCCCCCCCUUAUCACGGUCUUCAUUAUCUGUCCUCUGUCCCAUCCUCUUCUUCCGUAUCUGUUAGCUACCAAGCGAUUCGCAUAUGAUAGAAAAUCUAUCGCUGACCUGUUACUACUACUGCUAUUAUCACUACGGUUUUCUUCUCUCUCUCUGUCUCUGUAAGCUUUUUUUUGUUUGAUAUUUUGUGGUAAACCGAAGUAAGCCCCUCCCCCUUCCCCUUCCUUUUUCUAUUUUGAAACAUUUACAAAUCACUUACCUUCAUAUAAUGUCUGUCUGUCUAUCUAUCUAUCUAUCUAUAUAAAUACAUAUUACUCAAUAAUAUACACAUAUAGUGUUCUCAUGUAUGUAGUAUCCUAUGCUAUCUCUUGUCUUCUCCACCGCCCCCCCUCGCCUUCUAUCUGUUUUUUUAUCUAUGUUUAUAUUAUCAGGCAAUUGUUCUUUUUUGUGUGGAUUUACUCUGUCCUAAUUCUUCUGUCAUAUAUAUUUAUCACACACACACAAUUCUGGAAUGUCUUUAUUCUUUGUAUGUAUGUAUGUGCAUGUGUGCUACUAAUUUUUAUCCCUUUCUCACAUCUAUCUAUUCAUCUAUCUAUCUAUAUCACCGUCUAUUAUCCGUUAUGUGUGUACAAUCUGUGUAUUACGUCAAAUGUUGUGUAUUAUUACUAUUACUACUACUACUAUUAUUAUUAUUAUUAUUAUUUAGACACCUUUUUUAUUAAAAAAAACUUAUUCUUCUGCAC